UGAAGAGGUGGGGAAGUGGCCAAGCAGCAGCCGACAUUCGUACAGCGUCUCGUCUCUUCCUCCUCCUCCUCGUCUCUUCCUUCUCUUCCUCGUCUCCUCCAUCUCCUCCAUCUCCUCGUCGUCGUCCUCGUCUCGCCCCCUUUGCCGUCGUCAUCAUGCCGGCCUACCACUCGAGCCUGCAGGAGUCCGAUAACCGGAUGGUGGGGAACAUGGCUUUACUGCCGCUGAAGACCCAGUUCAAGGGUCCUGCUCCCAGAGAAACUAGGGAAAUGGACAUCAUUGAUGAAGCCAUCAUGUACUUCAAGGCGAAUGUGUUUUUCAAGAACUACGAGAUCAAGAAUGAGGCAGACCGCACUCUGAUCUACGUGACUCUUUACAUCACCGAGUGCCUCAAGAAACUGCAGAAGUGCACGUCCAAGGGCCAGGGAGAGAAGGAGAUGUACUCCCUGGGCAUCACGAACUUCCCCAUCCCCGGAGAAGGCGGCUUUCCCCUCAACGCCAUGUACGCCAAGCCCAGCGGGCGCGCCGAGGAGGAGAUGAUGAGGGGCUACCUGCAGCAGCUGAGGCAGGAGACGGGGCUGCGUUUGUGUGAGCGCGUGUUUGACCCGGCCACGGACAAACCCAGCAAGUGGUGGAUGUGCUUCGUGAAGAGGCAGUUCAUGAACAAGUCGCUGUCCGCACCGGGGCAGUAGCGCAAUCCAGGCAGCACGGCGGAUACCGGCUCGGUCGUCACCCCAAAGCUUACGACAAACCCCGAAGCCUGGUUUCACACGACUCUUACACCCUGCACUCAACCCAGCUUAAGCUUAACCCCAGCCCUAAUAAACCUGGCUUAAUCUUAAACCAGCCACUCGAUCUAGCUUAGCUCUAACCACAGCCAAUGAACCUGCAUUAAUAUUCAACCCAGUCCUUUGCUUACACCUUAAUCCUGGUGCUAAUGCCAAUUGAACGCAUGUCUGGUUCUAACCUGGUUUAUAUUGAAACAUACACCCAGCCCCCUACGCUGGCUCUGCCCAGUGUUAACCGCAGCUCAUACAGACUUGAGCCAUCAAAAAACCUGGCUUUAACCUCUCGGCUCUAAAUAAAUCAACCCUAAAUGUACCUUAAACAGCCCUAAAAUCUGUCUUUAACAUCAACCCCAAGUCCCAUCCCUCUCCGCCAAGGAGGUUGGGGUGGGGGGUUUAAGGGGCGAUUGGGCGAUAAGGUGGGGCGGCGAUGAGAGAGGUCUCGCAGGGACAUGACGUUCAUCCAGCGUGUGUGUUGGUGUGCCUGUCUGUAUCUUUGUACACUUGCGAACAAUUUUUCAAUAAACUCGUCAGCUCGUUUCACAAA